AUGACCUGGGUCCUUGGCUGGCCUCUUUACAAUGAGGACGCGCUCGAGAUUGCCAAGAAGCACAACCUUGCCCCCAGGGCAUCAGAUGCUCGACGUAUCAGUGCAGCCAAGACGUGGGUCGUAGAGCAAGUCGGUGUCAUCCGCGCGCUCUCCUGUUGGGUCCAAGACAUGCCGGAGCUCGUCUACGCCGUCUACGUCGACCAUGGUGACAACCGCUACCCCCCAAGUAAACUCGUCCGCGAGCAACUGAUCCUGCCAGGAAAGCAAUAUCGUCGCCUCAAGCAGGCGAUGCCACUGAAGAACUUUGGGUGGACUCAUGAGUGCGUGUCAGAGACUACCGUAGACGAAUACGACUCGGAGGAGGACGAGGAGAACUCGAAUGAUGACGACGGUAGUGACGAUGAUAGCAAUGACGGCAGCCACGGAGGUUCGGACGAUGAAGAAUGGACGACCGCCGCCAGUAACGCAGAUGGAGAGGACGCCACUGAAAGCGACAGCGAGACGGUGACCGACGGUGUAGUCCCUGAUGCGGGACCUGCAAUUCCUGAGGCCACUGAGUCACUACCACGCGAAUUCGGUUGCCGGAUUGUCGAAACACGUCCGUAG